AGGAUCGUAGCAGCCGCUGCCCUUAUUUAUGUCUCUAACGAGCCCCAACCUCGAAAAAUUCUGAUUUUUCUGCAAGUAGUUUCGAGAAAGUCUUAUCGAGUGGCUUUUAGGGUUGAUAAAUAAUUGAAAAUGGCCGCCAGGAACCCGAACUUUAUCGUCAAAACUGGCUGGAAAAAGUGGGCUUAUAAUUUGUCGCGCUUCAAUCAGUAUGGCUUGAGACAUGAAGAUUGUAUUUGGGAGAGCCCGGAGGUGAAGGAGGCUCUUCGGCGUCUUCCUGCUGACAUCCUCGACGAACGCAAUUUCCGCAUUGUUCGGGCUAUGCAACUCUGCUGCAAUAAAGUCGUUUUACCUCAGGAACAGUGGACGAAAUUCGAAGAAGAUAUCCCCUAUCUCAGACCCUACCUUGAGGAAGUUAAGAGAGAGAUCCAAGAGAAGAAGGACUGGGACAAACAAUAAAUUAACGUGUAUAAUAUUACCUAGAACAAUGUCGAAAUUAAUGCCUCUUAAAAUGUCUUAAUACCAGAAACAAAUACUGUAAAGGUGCCGUCAAUAUAAGUAUCAGUGUACAUACAGAAA